AUGGCCUUCUCUGAGAAUAACUCUAAGAAUGACUCUAAGGAGCUCCGGGCUCCAAGUCUAUUCAUUUCUCAUGGUGCUGGGCCAAUGCCUCUUUUGAAUCCUGAUCAUGAGUCAUACAGGCAACUUCUUCGCGGCCACGGCCAAUUACUUGAUGGCGUCAAGGCCGUUAUCCUAGUUUCGGCUCACUGGGAAACUGAUGAACCACAUAUUACAUCAGCCAGUGACCCGGGACUAUUCUACGACUAUGAGGACAUGAGGGACAUUCUCCCUCGCGAAGCCUUUGAAUUCAAAUAUUCAGCCAAGGGUGAGGCCUUGGCAGGCUUCCGUGAGAGAGGUUAUGCUAUUUGCGGGAGCGGAGGCUCCUACCACGACUUCCACGCCGUGGCAAAAGCCGUGUUCGAGAAUCAGCCAAUUCCUCCGAGCGCAAGUGCAUUUGAGAAGUUUCUGGAAUCCUCUGCAACCGUUUCGGACGCUGCAGAGAGACGAAACCUACUGCUAGGCUGGCGAGAUUUACCGGAGAGCUUCAUAGCUCACAAGGAAGGAGAAUCGGACCAUUUUAUGCCAUUUUUGGUUGCAGCUGCGAGUGGAGGAGACCAGAGCGGCGAGCAAUACGACAUGUACAAUUACAAAGGUGCUCCAAUGAGUUUCUAUAAGUGGUAA